AUGGUCGGCAUAAUGAAAAUGUGCUUGCGAAAAGUGAUAGGAAAAACAUCCCUCAAUCCAACACAAUUUCAAACCAUAAUUACGGAAGCUGAAGCAAUCAUAAAUUCUCGCCCCCUCGCAUACUGCGGUAGUUCACUCGAAGAUUCGCUGAUCGUGCGCCCGAUCGAUUUUCUCAUGCCG